CACUUUCACUUCACCUUUUGCACAGAACAACCCUCUCUCUCUCUCUGUUAUUUUCUUGCAGCACCUUCAUUGUCACUCAGACUUGUGUCCCUAAUGUAAAUAUCAUUUUCCACCCUUUUCAAAAUAUCUCCUUAAACCUCAAAUGCUAUUAUUAUUCACUGUCCACACUUCUUCUUUCCUUCAACCUCAACCUCAACCUCAACCCCCACUUACCAGUUUUCCCAAAUUUUCGUUCUUUUUUCCUUUCCAUGAGUUGAUGCAUCUUUUUCAAGCUAAUUAAGCUUGAAUUAGCUGGUGGGGCUUUUUAAAUUCGUCGAUAAAAAAACAGUGUUCUGCUUUUUUUCUCUUGUGUUUUUUGGUUGCAGAUUCAGGAACUGGUGUGUGAGGAGUUGUUUGCUUGAUGAAUCUGUGUGCCGCUUCCACUUCAGUUCUCAAUUUCUUAUCGACAAUCGAGAUCUGAUUUCUUCAACUUGGGGUGUCAUUGACAUAAAUGCAAACAAUCUUGAAUUUGAAGGCAGUAAGUGAUUACUUAAAUCCCUGAAAGACAUGCAGUCAGCCUUCGUUCUGCUGAAAUGAAGAACUUGCAGACCUCGGAGGAAUUACAGUCAUCGACUCAAGCUUCUCAUGAGCCCAAGAGUGAACAACCAAACAAUCACACAACUGAUGCUCCUGUUACAGACACAGGCUCAGCAUCUGCUACAAGUAAUGACAGCAAAAAAGUUUCACGGCAGGAUAUUGAGUUUGUUCAGAAUUUAAUAGAAAGAUGCCUACAGUUAUAUAUGAAUAAAGAUGAAGUGGUUAAAACACUACUGACUCGGGCAAAGAUAGAUCCUGGAUUCACAACUCUUGUAUGGCAGAAGUUGGAAGAAGAGAACGCUGAUUUCUUCAGGGCCUACUAUAUCAGGCUAAAAUUGAAAAAGCAAAUACUAUUAUUCAAUCAUUUACUUGAGCAUCAGUAUCAUCUCAUGAAGUGUCCAAUGCCUGCAAAGGUUCCAUUGGCUCCAAUACAGAAUGGAAUCCAUCCAAUGCCUGUCAACAACCUACCUAUGGGGUAUCCAGUGCUACAGCAGCCUCCCAUGCCAGCAACAGGUCAACCUCAUAUUGACUCCAUGGGUUGUGGUUUAUCAAGUUGUCAUGUAGUUAAUGGAGUCCCUGCCUCAGGCAACUUUCACCCCAUUCGGAUGAAUUCUGGAAAUGAUAUGAUGAUGGACCACAGCGCUCCUGAUAUGGUUCCUGUUAUACCACCAAAUGGUACAAUGUCAUCUGUCUCAGAAAUGCCUGUGAGUCCGACAUCAGUAGCAUCCAGUGGUCAUUUUCCCUUCACUGCAUCAGAAAUACCAGGAAUGGGCGCAGAUACAUCAGCUCUUGAUACGGCAUUUACAUCUGAUGUGGUAAGUUCAGUAGGACUACAGCUUGCAGCAGAUGGUGGCAAUGGAAUUUCUAGAUCGCUGGAUCAAAUUCAAUGGAAUUUUAGCCUAUCUGAUCUAACGGCAGAUUUGCCAAACUUGGGAGAUCUAGGAGCUCUGGGAAACUAUCCUGGUUCACCAUUUUUGCCAUCUGAUUCAGACAUUUUGCUAGAAUCUCCUGAUCAACAGGAUAUAGUGGAUGACUUCUUUGUUAAUUCUGAGCCCCCAUGCUCUCAAUCAGAUGAGGAGAAAUCUUGAGGUGAGGCGAGUUGCAUGUUUUACAUUAAUUGUUAGGUUAGGGAAAAUUAGUAUUAAUAAAUGUCAUCUAGCUUACAUGGCAUACAGGUUUACUGUUACCUAAGUGUAGGCAGCCUGAUUUAUAUCAUCAGGGUGAAGAUAGAGAAUGUCAAUUUUCCAUGUAGUAGCAAACUAGCAAUCUUUUGCAUUCUUUUAAGAAAUCUGUUAUCAGGAUGAGUUGGGACAGUGGUUAGGAUGUAAUUGAUUUGAUGCAUUUGGAUUAUAUAUGUAUAUUGUUUGGAUCCUUGUCAGUCCAUUGGUUGGUGUGAUAUCUGAUUCACAUUGUUUCAGAGCAAUAUUUUAUUUCCUUGAC